GGCAAUCGUCUUUGCCGGCCCCUUUUCCUCCUCCGCCUCUUCUCUCUCUCUCUCUCUCUCCGGAAGCCUCGCCUUUGCAGCGCCUCUGAGUUUGGAUUCCUUCCUCUUUCUCUCCCCAAUUCGAGUAUUAUUCUUCGCUUUCUCUUCCUAAGAAAAUUUUUCAAGAGUUAGGGUUUUGAUUUCUACUCUGUUUGCCGCGACAUUCCUGUACCCGCGCCGAUAAGAUUCGUUCUCCGAGUAGUCGCCUCCCAAUUACCCCCUGGAAUUAGUGUUUUUGGGGUUCAAUAAAAACUCCGCAUUUGCAGAUGUUUUCGCCGCAGAGGAAGGCGACGGCGUCGGCGCUUUCGCUCACGCCGAGGAGCGGCGUCUUCUCCCGAAACGCCGGCCAAGACAAAACGGCGGCGUUUGUGGAGGGCCCGCCGCCGCCGCCAUUGGGUUCACUGAGCGGGGCGAAAUCAGCGUCGUUGGAGUCGGAAAUGGGGAACAUGGACGACUGGAGAAGGUUCAAGGAGGCUGGGUUGUUGGACGAGGCGGCGAUGGUGAGGAAAGACCAUGAAGCCCUCACCGAGAAGCUCUCCAAUCUCGAAAAUCAGCUCUUCAAUUACCAGUAUAACAUGGGGAUCCUUCUGAUUGAGAAGGAAGACUGGAAUUCAAAGUUUGAAGAACUGGGACAAGCUUUAGCAGAAACACAUGAGAUUCUGAAACGUGAACAAUUGGCUCAUUUGGUCGCGUUAUCUGAAGCUGAGAAACGAGAAGAGAAUUUGAGGAAAGCAUUGAGUGCUGAGAAGCAAUGUAUAGUUGAGCUUGAAAAAGCUUUGCGUGAAACAAAUGAAGAGCAGGUCCAACUUAAGCUUGCGUCCGAUUCAAAGCUGGCCGAAGCAAAUAAAUUGAUAAUUGGAAUUGGGGAGAAAUCUGCGGAGAUAGAAAAUAAGUUGCAAGCUGCCGAAGCUAAGCUUGUCUAUGUGUGCAUAAAAAGUACAGAGUUGAAUAUAAGGUUGGAAGAGGUGGAGGCUCGUGAAAGUGUGCUUCAAAAGGAGCACCAUACAUUAAUCGCAGAGCGAGAAGCACACAAGGCAACAUUUCGUAAACAACAAAAAGACUUGCAAGAGUGGGAGAAGAAGUUACAUGAAAGGGAAGAAAGGCUAUGCGAGGGUCGGAGGGCCGUCAAGGAAAGAGAGGAAAAGACAAAUGAAAAUGAGAGGAUUUAUAAACAGACAGAGAUGGAACUUCAGUUGUUAGAGAAAAAUAUUGAAUUGUCUAGCUUGGAUCUGAAAGAAAAGGAAGAAGACAUAAGCAAACGGCUAGAGGACUUAUUAUCCAAAGAGAAAGAAACUGAUUCUUUGAGAAACUCUCUGGAGGCGAAACACAAAGAAUUGCAUCAACUGGAAGAAAAGCUUAGUUCACGAGAAAAAGUUGAGGUUCAACAGUUGCUUGAUGAACACAAAGCUAUUUUUGACGUGAAAAUGCAGGAACUUGAGUUGGAACUAGAAGGAAAGCGGAAGUCUGUUGACAAGGAGCUCUCUGGAAGGGUAGAUGCAUUGGAAAAGAAGGAAGCUGAAAUCAACCACAGGGAAGAAAAGUUAGAAAAGAGAGAACAGGCAUUGCAUGAGAGAUCUGAGAGACUUAAGGAGAAAAACAAGGAGUCUGAAGAAAAAUUGAAAGCUAUAAAGGCGAGGGAGAAGAUUAUUAAAUCUGAUGAGAGGAAGCUGGAGGUGGAAAAGCAGCAAAUCAUCACUGAUAAAGAGAGUUUACAGAUUCUGUUAGCUGAAGUUGAGAAGAUAAAGGCUGAAAACAUUCAACUGGAGCUUCAAAUUCGUGAAGAGAGUGAGAGCAAGAGAAUAACUAACAAAGAAAGGUCUGAACAUGUCCGUUUGCAGUUAGAAUUGAAACAGGAAAUAGAGAAAUAUAGAGGUCAGUCAGAGUUACUAUCGAUUGAAGCUAAAGAACUAAAAGAGGAGAAAGAGAAUUUCGAGCAAGAGUGGGAAGAUUUAGACAAGAAAAGAUCCGUAAUUAGCAAAGAGCUCAGAGAACUUGCUGAGGAGAAGGAAAAAUUGGAAAAACUACGACACUUGGAGGAGCAUAGAUUGAAAGAAGAGAAGCAUGCAGUACAUGAAUUUAGGCAGAGGGAGUUGGAAGAUCUGAAACGGGAAAAAGAUUCACUUGCGGCUAAAAUGGAGAUGGAGCAGUUAACUUUAUCUGAAAAGGCUCAAUUGGAGCAUAGUCAAAUGAUUCAAGAUUUUGAGCUGCGGCGAAGGAAUCUUGAGUCAGAGAUCCAGAAUCAGAGAGAGGAAAUGGAGAAGCUCCUUUAUGAGAGAGAAAGAGCGUUUGAGGAUGAGAGAGAAAGAGAACUUAAUAAUAUUAAGUAUUUGAAAGGUGUUGCUCAUAAAGAAAGGGAAGAACUAAAGUUGGAAAGGCAUAGAAUUGAAAAGCAAAGAGAACAGCUUACAUUGAACAAGGAACAAUUCAAACAAAACGAACUCGAAAUGCAGAAUGAUAUCGAUCAGCUAGCUACUCUUAGCAAGAAGGUGAAGGACCAGCGUGAAGAGCUUCUUAAGGACAGAGCUCAGUUUCUUGCUUUUGUUGAAAAGGUCAAGACUUGUAGGGAUGGUGGAGAAGUAGAAAGAGAAUUAAGUGUUUCCAAUUUUCAUGUACCUGAAGUGAGUCAUGGGAAUGCUGCUCCUCUGCCAACCCUUCAUGAAGAACAUUUAGAGAACUCUCCAGAUGAUUUGGCUGUUUCCAAUUUGGGAUCUUCAAAGUCGGGAGGGCGUAUGUCAUGGCUUCAAAAAUGUACAUCAGUUUUUAAACUUUCUCCAAAUAAAAUAUCCGAGCAUGUUCUUGCUCCGAUACCUAUAGAGUUGCCACCAUCAUCAGCGGCGCAGGUCAAAACUGAUGAAAAAGCCAAAGAGCCUGCACUUGGCAGUGAUGGAGUGAGAGGGCCUGAUAUUUCUGAAGAUAGGCCACCUGCCCCUUUGAGAAUUUCAAAUGAUGUAGUUAAUGUUCAAAGAGUCCAAGUUACAAACAUCGUUGGAGAAAUUCAUGAUGGGUAUGCUCCAUCAGUCGAUGAUCAUAGCAACUUAGACAGUAAGGUGGAAGCAGCACCGGAAGAUUCCCUGCAAUCAGAAUCCAAGAGUGCUCUCCGAAAACCUAGCAGGAGACACAAAUCUGGAUUGCAUAGAACACACUCGGUGCAGGCUGCUGUUGAAGAUGCAAAGGCUUUUCUUGGGAAAACCCUCGAGGAACCUGGUUCAAGUGCAACGAUUCCACCUAGUGAUUCUUACAACAUAAAUGAGGAAAGUCGUGAUGAUUCAGUUCAUAUAGAGAAGGGGAACACUGCUAGAAAACGACAGCGUAGUCAGACAUCUCACAUUUCAGAAAGUGAGCAAGAUGUUGGUGAUAGCGAAGCUUGUUCCGGUAGUGUCACUGCCGGUAGGCGCAGAAAGAGGCAGCAAACGGUUGCUUCAGGCUUGCAAACACCUGGAGAGGAGCGGUACAACUUCAGACCACGCAAAAAUGGCAUGGUUAAAGACCUGAAGAAGACAAGGGAGAAAGAAGCUGGAGGUAGUCGUACCCCAUGUGUAGCAGCAAAUCCUGAAGCUGUCUCUGUAUCACUGACUGAAGUAGCGCAGAAGAGCCCCGAAACCAAGCAAACGGUGCACGUUAUAACAACAAAAACAGUGGAGUUCUCGGAGAAUAAAAUCGUUCGGUUUAUAACUUCAGAAGACAUUGGUGAUAGUACUGAUGCAGCAGAGUCCGUUGAAAAUACAAAGUUGAGUAUGGAAAUCAACGGUACCUCCGAAUGUGGUGAUGAAGAUGAAAAUAAUAGCUCAGUCCAUGAGAGCGCUGAUGAUGACUACGAUUACGAGGAGCAGCCUGGUGAAGUGUCAAUAGGAAAAAAGAUAUGGACUUUCUUUACAACAUGACGGCUCAAAAGACUUUUUGCUGUAUUUACAAUUCGCUCAAAAUUGUCUCUCAGAGACUUGUAGCUUCACCCUUGAGUUGAAGGGAUUUCUUUUCAACUCUUUUUUCCACCCCUGAAGUUUUAUGAAAAAUCAUUUUAAAAGAAUGAGAGUUAUGAUAUUUCAAUGCUUAAAACUUGUAGCUGAUUUACCUGAUACUCGCUCCCUCCCUCUUUGAUUUGUAGUAAUUUAUUAGAUGGUUCACUUGGAUAGUAUUA